ACAAAAAAACACACAUGAAUAUGUUAUAAAGUGUCUCAGCUGACUGUGCAAACAAAACCAUUUAUGGCGGGGAAAAGUCCACCCUCGUAAAGCCCAGCCGAUAAGCAGACGGUGGCCAGAAGAGAACCGCGCCACCCGACAUGGACGCCAGCAAGAAUUUCCGCUUCUUCUUUUUGGUGUUUUUGUUCGUCUUUCUGCCCGCCUCAGAAGCCCAAGAACUUUGUAACGCUCGCACGUCGGUGAACGUCAAGGAGAACAAUGCGGUGGGCGACCUGGUGGAGACCAUCACGCUACAGGACGGGAUCACGGCCUCCUUGGCUUCCGCCGACGUCCCGUUCGCUCUGGACGGGAACCGGCUGAUCGCCAAAGAGGUUCUGGACUAUGAGAUGAUCCUGAUCAUCGUGGUCAUUGUGGAAAACGUGAACGACAACGCUCCGAUCUUUCCCAAGGACACGUACCAGAUCCAAGUCAAGGAACUGGCGCCCGUGGGGACCCUCAUUGGGCAAUUUCCCGCCACCGACUUGGACGAGGACACGACGCUCUUCUACAGGCUGACAUCGGAAUCGAAUUACUUUGGACUGGCGUCGCCCGAAGACCCGCAACUGGUCAUCCAGAACGUUCUGGAUUACGACAAAGUACAAAACGUAGAGAUGCUCUUGUACGUUCAGGACACGCCGUUGUCUGGUUCCGGCGGCCAGGUCUCAUUCAACGCCACCGCCACCAUCCAAGUCAACGUGGUGGACGUGGACAACAGACCGCCCUGGUUCCAGCCCUGCAACAAACACCCGGUGGCCGGUGGCAUAGUCUGCCAGAACACCGGCUACACUGGCCUAGUGAACCUCAACGAAAUGGAGGCCGGGCCAUUAACGCUGAAGCCGGGGCCGCUUCACGCCAUUGACGGCGACGUUGGGAUCAACGAGGCCAUCGUCUACUCCUUCCUGAGCGGAAAUGAGGACGGGCUGUUCGACAUCAACCCAAACACCGGCAACGUCAGCAUGGUGAAGGCGGCCGAUGUUUUGGGGACCAUCAGUCUGACAGUUCUGGCGGCCCAGACGCCAAGCAGUUCUCAGUUUGCCACCACCAGCCUCACAGUCAGCGUUCAGGUGAAGAGCCUGCACAUACCGCGAUUCCAGAGGCCCGAGUACCAGUGUGUGGUCGCUUCAGUGGGCGCCAUGGCGACAGACCCGACCAACAAGGACGAGCCGCUUCAGAUCAUCGCCUUGGAUGAGGACUACGCCGGUGUGGGGGGGAUAAACCCUCACAUCGUCUAUGGCGUCAUCGGAAGCGAGGACUUCGCCAUCAUCAACGGCUACUUGUUCAUGACCACCAAUCUCCCGGAGGGCACUCUCUCUCUGCAAGUGGAGGCGGUGGACACGUCCAAUGGGGAGAAUGUAAGAGCGCAGCUCUCGGUGGAGGUGAAAUCAGGUCUCACCACUACCGCUUUGCCUUCGAGCACUCCCGACAGUGUGACCAGCCCCUUGACCACUGAGGGUGGAACCACAGAUCAGGCAGAGUCCACCACCAACCCCGAUGCCUCCACCACCAACCCCGAACCCUCCACCGAAGGCAAAACCACUGAAACAAUGGAGUCCACCGCCAACACUGGCACUUCUACUGAGGGCACAACCACAGAAGCCCAUACGGAGUCCACCACUAACUCCGGAACUCCCACCGGGGACGGCGUCUCAUCUGGUGUCACUGCCACAAGUGAAAGUAGCUCCACCGCCGCCACAGAAUCGCAGGUGACGCCACUGGUCACCGACGGUCCCACCAGCCCUGCGGACCCUCACACAGAGAAGGCGCCAAUUCCGCCAGGCGACUUCGGGCCAGGGGACAUGGCCGCGCUGGGGGCGACCCUCGGCGUUCUUCUCUUGGUCUGCGCGGUGACCAUCGGAGUGCUCGUUUGUCGCCUUCAGAGGGGAAAAGCCGACUGGAGGAAGAUCCACGAAGCCAGCGUCUUCCGAAGCUCCGUGGGCCAGGGAGUUGGCGGCGAGAAGCAGGGCGUCCAGUACACCAACGAGGCUUUCCAGCACGACGAUGACGACAACGACGACGGCGGCGUGGGCUCCGGGGGUCCGUUUGUCACGGCGGUAAAAGAGGGGCCGGCGGACGACUCCGCCCUCACGUCCAGCGUGAGGGCGCUGGGCACCCUCCUGGAUGCCGACAACAUCAGCCAGAUGAGCUCGGACAAGGAGGAGGUGGUGAAGCCCAUCCUGACCAAAGAACGCCGCCUGGAGGAAGGCUACAAGGCCGUAUGGUUCAAGGAGGACAUCGACCCGGACGCCAAGGAGGAAGUGGUCAUCAUUCCCAACAGCAGGGCGGACGACAGCGAGGACGAGGACGACGACGCCCCUGCUAAACGCUCGCAGCCAACCGAGCUCGACCUGGACAGCGGCUUGGGAGUGAGGAUCGAGGAUCCGGCGGAGGACUCGGAAAGUGACGACGUUCUGAACGUCGACCUUUGAGGAGGGCGCGGCGGGAAGCAAUAAAAGCGGAUGACUAUUAUGGUCUGAC